AUGUCUCGGCCAACAGCGUUUUCAGAUGAAUUGGCAUUAGAAAGAGGUAUGUGGGUUUAGCUUAGUAUUAUAUUUUAUUUUUAGACAUUCAACGAAUAAAUGAUUUGAUUGCCUAUCUAAAGAAGACAGGAGAGCUCAACAGUCCAAAACUGGAUUUAUUUCAAGAGGUAUUGCAGUCAAAGUUCUUUAAUUCUGUCCGGGAGGUAUAUGAGAAUGUCUACAAAUCUACUGCUGAUCUCGACGCUUCUUCAGAGGUAUUCUUAGUUUAAGACUUAAAUUUUAGGUAUUAAAUUACUCUGUACUCGUUACUUUGGUACAGAAUUUACAGUGGUGACGAUAGUUAAUAUUAUUCAAAGUUUUCUAUUUUUAGUUGAUUGCUAGUGCAGCAGCUAAAGCAACAGUUGCGGCUUUUGCAGCGGCCGAGGGAUUUGCUCAUCCUCGAGUUGUGGAACUUCCAAAGACUGACCAAGGACUGGGAUUCAAUGUUAUGGGCGGAAAGGAACAAAACUCUCCUAUUUACAUAUCUCGAAUAAUUCCAGGAGGUGUAGCUGAUCGUCAUGGAGGGCUAAAACGCGGAGAUCAAUUGAUUGGGGUUAAUGGAGUUGUAAGUUAAUUUUAAUAUAAUUUUUGUUAUGGAAAAUUAAGCCGAAUAUUACACAUUAUUUAUAAUUAUUUGCUUUUAAGAAUGUUGAACGAGAAGCCCACGAAACCGCAGUUCAUCUUCUUAAAAAUGCCAAAGGCACAGUCAAGUUGGUAGUUAGAUAUACACCUAAACUACUUGACGAAAUGGAGCGGCGUUUUGACGAACAGAGGCGACGAGUACAUCAACAAAGUCCUUCUUUUAGUAGGCCCACCUAACUUUCAAAAGUGAAUUAAACCUGUACAAAGAUUGGAAGCUUUAAUUGUAUGAUUUUAUAUUUUUAUUUUUUUUCUUACACAUUCACUGCCAAAGAAUAAAUAGUCAGCUAACUACACGUUUUAGUUUUAUUUUGGGAUUUAUGCGUUUUCUUCGCUGUUAUUUUAGUUGAACAAUAUUUGCAACUUCAUAUAGACUGAUGUAGGUAUGUUGUUUCGAACAAUGGCGUCGACCAGCAAAGUUUUGACUAGGAGCAUAUCAGUAGAUUCAAAUGCUUUACUUUUAACGUCAAGGGCAGUAAAUCGACUGAAAAAGAUCGCUAAAGAGGAUGAACACUUGAGAAUAACAGUUGAAGGCGGCGGCUGUGCUGGAUUCGAGUACAAGUUGUCGUUGGAUAACAAGGAGAACAACGAUGAUGUACUUGUGGAGAAAGAUGGGGCCAGAGUUGUUGUUGAUACGGUUGGUUUUUUAAAUAUUUUACAUCAAACCUUUUUCUGUUAUAAUUACAUUUAUUGGUAUUUUCAGAUGUCGCUAGAAUUUGUCAAAGGCUCAACCAUUGACUUUACGGAAGAUUUAAUGCGGGCUGCCUUCAGGAUAACGGACAACCCUCUGGCCACACAAGGAUGUUCAUGCGGGUCUAGCUUCUCGCCUAAGGAUCUUAGCUGA